GUCAAAAGGUAGUGUUGCCGAACGCAUAUAGAGGAAGCUGUCUAUUUUGUCCUUAAGAGAUUAAUUGAAGACGUGCUUCUCUCCUUUGCUCUGAACCAUCUGUCCCAGUUUGGAUACUCUUGGUCUUGGUAGAGGCUCAAAUGGCUAGGAAGCUAAGUAAGCCUUCACUAAAGAAACAAUCAUUUUUCAAGGUCCUGCUUGGCGACUUCUAUCAGCAUCUGCGUUUACCACCUGUGUUUAUCGAGAGGUUAGAUGGGCAAUCACUUCCCAAAUGUGCUCUUAGAGGCCCUAAUGGGAAACUGUGGACUGUGGAAUUGAAAGAGAGGGAGAACGGCUUUUUCUUCCAUGAUGGUUGGCAGGGUUUUGUGAUGGAUCAUUGUUUAGAAAUCGGAAAUUUUUUGGUUUUCGACUAUGAUGGUGACUCAAAGUUUGAUGUCACAAUUUAUGAACCAACUGGCUGUGAAAAGGAUGUAGAAGCAGCCAAGAGGAGAAAUGGUAAUCCUGUUUCCACUGUAAAAGAUGAAAUUGUUGACAUUGAGACUGAAAACUACAACAAAGAAAGUAAAAGCAAAACCAUCAAUGCUGAAAGAACAAGUCGCAAGUAUGUCAUGUCUGGAAAGAGACCUGCAAAUGACUGUGUAGAAGAAACAUCAACUGGAUCCAUCAUGUUCGAAUCGGAGAAUUCAUGUUUUGUAAAAACUUUGCCGAAAAGACUAUAUCCUGUGACAAUUCCGAAGGAACUAGCCAUAGCUGAAGGUCUUGUGAGCAAGAAGACUGUGAAGCUUCAAGAUCCAACUGGGAGAUCAUGGAUUGUUAAACUUAGAGUCCACAAGUCACCGUAUCUUCGUUUCGAAUUGACGAAAGGUUGGGCAGAAUGUUGUAGAGCAAACCAGAUUUCACAAGGGGACACCAUCGUUUUUGAGUUUGUGAAACCAAGUGUAAUGCAAAUUCAUAUUUACAGAGGAAGAAUGGGAGGCAGUGGGUGUUCUGUUGUACUCGCAUUGCAAUACUUUUAAAAAAUGUUUGACUGCAAUAUAUUGACUUAUCCAUUUUGGCUAAGUGAUGAUCUUCUUGUAUUUUAUUGUUGGCUAGUCUUGUGAAAUAUAUUAAAUGCUGCUGA